GCACAACAACACCAGCGUGCGUCUGCCGUGGUUCCUCCUGCGGGGUCCCGUCCGUUCCCCGUGUGACCCUGUAAUGCUUACCCUGACUCGGAAGACCUCUUUUAUUUCCCGCCGGUGCUGAGAACUGUGCUGCUGGACCAAAGGCGUCCCUUGCUGGAUUAUGCCGCGCAGAAUAUUGCGGACCGUGCAGAAAGUUGCGCAAAGCGGAUGAAGCGGAGAGGUGAGGAAAACCUUUGGCGAGAGGCUGAAAAUGCGGCGAGGCGACGCAGCUGCGACUUUUCUCAGCACGGCGAUCUGACAAGAGCGGAAAGCACCAAUGCUGCGCGCCGGAUCGGCCCUACAUUACGCACCGGCGGCUGGCGCGGUCUCUGAACUCCUGCAAGUGUUCACGUAUUCAGCCUAAAUCAAAUUGUAUGAUUAGAAAGCAGAGGAGAAUUAGUUUAGUUGAGCAAAACAAACAAACUCUGGAUCCAGUUUCAUCUCCAGUUCCGCGCAUUCCCUGACGGUUUCUCCUCGACCCAUUUCCCCUCGCCUUUCUUUUUUCUUUUUCUAUUAUUUUAUUUUUUUUUCCUUUUUGCACCUCUGAUUCCCGAAGUGGCUCCGAAGUGGUGUUGCGGCUCCUCGUCCCCGGCGGAUCCGGAGAUUGGAGUCUCUGCACCGGGAGGAGUCGGAGCGCCGUCCACGCCGCGGGCUCCUAAGAGCGGCCGCGUCAAGAGGAUGGUGCGGCUGGCGGCAGAGCUCCUGCUGCUCCUGGGACUUCUUCUCCUCACCUUACACAUCACGGUGCUGCGGAGCAACCCGCUGCCUCAAGGAAACGCCACUGCGAGCCUGGAUCAGGAUAAAACUCUCACAGAGCAAAACACCUUAAAUGCAAGAAGUAGCACAUCUGCCCAGCUGGCUCCUGAAGACCGGAGGUCUGGUCCAGAGCACAGGGCGGCCCAUCAGCCUGCAACCCUCCCCUGGGUGCAGGGCAGCAACGUACACAAGGAUGGCCCUGGAGCUUUCCUGCUGGAUCUGCACAAUUUUCCAGACCUCUCCAAAGCGGAUAUUAAUGGACAGAACCCCAACAUCCAGGUGACCAUUGAGGUGGUGGACGGACUGGAAGGCCAUGAACCAGAGAAAGGCCUCCGCAAGGAGAGCAAGCCCAACUGGGCCUCCCCUAACUGGAGGAACUGGUGGCCUCACACCUCCUCCUCCUCUUCGUCCUCUCAUCAAACGGAGGAGCACGAUCGCGCCUAUGGGAGAAAAACCGAGGACAGCAACUUUCUCAGGCCUCCGUCAGACUGGGACAGGAGAGGGAGCAAAGCUCAGACUGAAUACGACUACGUGGAUGGCGAGGGAGACUGGAGUAACUGGUCAGCAUGCAGUGUCACUUGUGGAAAUGGCAACCAGAAGAGAACCAGGUCCUGUGGUUACGCCUGUACGGCCACAGAGUCCAGAACCUGUGACAUGCCCAGCUGCCCAGGUUUUGAAGAUGCCUUCAAGACAGCAGCCACUGAAGUGAGCCUGCUGGCUGGGAAAAACGAGUUCAACGCCACCGAGCUCUUCGGCGUCGACACAGACAGCUGCGAGCGAUGGAUGAACUGCAAGAGCGAGUUCCUGAAGAAGUACAUGACCAAAGUGGCCAACGACCUCCCCAGCUGCCCCUGCUCGUACCCGACCGAGGUGGCGUACAGCACGGCGGACGUGCACGACGCCCCGACGCGCCGGGACUUCCGCUGGAAAGACGCCAGCGGGCCCAAGGAGAAGCUGGAGAUCUACAAGCCCACGGCCCGCUACUGCAUCCGCUCCAUGCUGAACCUGGAGUCCACCACGCUGGCGGCGCAGCACUGCUGCUACGACGACAGCAUGAAGCUGAUCACCCGCGGCAAAGGCUCCGGCACGCCCAACCUCAUCAGCACCGAGUUCUCCGCGGACCUGCACUACAAGGUGGACAUCCUGCCGUGGAUCAUCUGCAAGGGAGACUGGAGCCGCUACAACCAGGCCCGGCCGCCGAACAACGGGCAGAAGUGUCCGGAAAACCCUCAGGAUGAGGAUUAUUACAAACAGUUUGAAGAAGCGAGGGAGUUCUAGCCCACCUGUGCGGCGACAGGACUAAAUAACACUCCACUCAGACUCGAGAGAGCCAGACACACACAAAGCACACUCGUCAUAGACCUGUCCUCAGUUUUUGUUUUUUUUUGCUUUGGUGACAAGUUUUGUUCUUAGAAGAUGUGCCUUUACAAUGUUGCUGCAAAAUGUUACUCAGAGUUGGUCUUCAUGCUUUUAAAAAAGGGAAAUUUAUAAUUAUAGAAAGGUCGAUUUUAGAUUGCGUCCAAUUUUGUCUCCGUAGAUGUUGCAGUGAUAGAAUAAUGAGACCCUGCGGGGAAGGUGUUGGUCAGGAGGGAGCAGAGGAACGUUUUCUGUUGUGCAGGUUUUUAUCCAUGUAAGUUUGUGGGUAUGAGUAUUUAGCAUGCACAUUUUUCUUUCGUUCAUUUACCUCUGUAACAUUCUGUCUGUGAGGCAGUUCUUGGUUGUAAAAAAGCCUGCAUUAGUUUUGUAAAGUAUUUAUUAAAGUGUAGCUGUGAUUGUGG